AUUAAUCUUUUAUUUCUCCCUCAAAGAUUUGUUCUUGUUUCUAUUUUCUCGCGUUUUUUCUCAUUCGUCUCUCUUUUUUCCAAUCUUGGAUCGAAUUCCUUCCAAUUUUUCACAACCCAUUAUCCCCAAUCACCUCCCAAUCCAAACCCAGAUUUUAGUUUCUUUCAAUUCCCACUAAUUUUCGUUUUCUAAUUCAAGAAUUCGAUUCCAAGAAGAGCAUAAUUUGUUCUUGUUCUUGACGUUAUCUGUCGAUUUCAGUCGGUAAAUUCAAUUAGGGUUUCUUUAAUUUUGCUCUGUUAUCGCUUUCUUUGAUUACCCAGAUUCUAAUUUUUUUUGUUUCGAUCUUUGUUUGGUUUUUUCUUGUUUUUACAAACCCUAAAAAAUUAUCCAAAAUUUGAUAUCGAGCCUGUUCUGUUCUUAUAUUGUAUAGAUGGAAAAUUAAAAAAAAAGUGUAAUUUGUAUCUUUAAUUUUUUGUUGUUAGCUGAUUUUUUUAGGGUUUUGUUUUAGAUAGAAUUGGAAUUGAACAAGAAAGAAACUCUGUGAAAUUUUUGGUUGCGUUGUUUUAGUUUGCUAAUCUUAAAUUGAGGGCUUUCUUGUUUAGAUUAAUUAGAUCUCGUCGAAUUUUUUCGAAAUCUUUUUACCCUUAUCCGGGUUUUGUUGCUGUGUAUAUAUGUAGGAAUUUUUUUUUAGAAAAAUCUUAGGAAUGGCCUUGAAUUUUUCUCGUCGACCCCUGUUUUCGCGGCAUUUACCUGAGGAAAAUUUGGUUUCUCCAAUGAGGAUUGCCAAUGGUUACCUUGUUGAUGACAAGGUUGAGAAUUGCUUUGACUAUGGCUGUGGCUCACAGGAGUCUGUGCAUAAGGACAUUCUUGAUCUUUUGCCAUCAGAUCCUUUCGGAAUGGAUAUAAGCACAACGUUUACUGCUAUUACGGGUUGGCUUGAGGAUUUGGAGGUAGAUUAUGGUGGGUAUAGUAAUGAUCAUGUUGGUUCUAGUGACACGAGUUAUCAGUUGUUUGCAGGUUUGAAUUAUAUCUGGAACAAUGCAAUGCGGUUUCAGACGUUCCCUGGGAACGCGAAGUUUGAUUAUGGCUUGAAUGCAGCUGGUGGUAGAUUUGGUGAUGAGAAUGUAGAGUUCGGGGGUGCUUGUGCAUCUGGCCAUGGUGCUUUUGAUUUGGCCUCUAACAUGGAGGACAAUUUUAGUAUGGGUAAUGAAUUAAUGGCCAGUAACGAUGUAGGUAAUGAUAUUUGUGAGAGGAAUGGAGGGUCUCAUGAGAGUUGUAGUAGUGUUUGUUCUGAUGGAGUUGACCAUCGACCUUUUGGUUUUGCUCUUCGUUUUCUUGAUGUGCAAGAUCUUCUUGCUGUGGAAUCAGUUUGUAAAUCGUGGCGAUUAAUGGUUCAAACUGAUACACUUUUAUGGAGGAAUUUUCAUAUAGAUAAACCAUUGAAUGAUAAGAUUACAGAUGAUAUUCUUUUGCAAUUAACUAAUAGGGCUCAAGGUACCUUGCAAUCUUUGAGCCUGGUAAAGUGUUCACGGAUCACGGAUGAAGGUUUGAAGCACGUGCUUCAAAAUAAUCCUACGUUGACCAAGCUAAGUCUACCGGCAUGUACUAGACUCAGUAUUGAUGGAAUCAUAACCAACUUAAAGGAGUUUAAGCCACUGGGCACGGUAGGGGUGAAGCAGUUAAAAAUUGGUGAAAUCAAGAGUGUGUCAAAGGAGCAGUUUGAAGAACUAAAGUUCUUGUUAGGCACAGAUGGCCAGGUGCGGCAGAGUGUCCACAAGCCGCGUUUUUAUCACAAAGGGUAUUUUUCAUGUGAGGAUGAUCGUGCUAUUGAUAUUGAAAUGUGCCCUAGAUGCGAGCACUUCAGAUUAGUAUUUGAUUGUCCUGCUGAGGGCUGUCAAAAAAAGGAAAAUUCCCCUCAGGCAUGCAGAGCAUGCAUGAUUUGUUUAUCUCGGUGUGCGCAGUGUGGCUGUUGCAUCAAUGACGGUGACUUUUUUGAAGAAACAUUCUGCCUUCAGUUACUCUGUUCACGUUGCUCACCCAAAUAUCAAGAGAAGCACGACAACAAGAUUUCCCCUCCGAAGUCUGUCGCUCUCCAUGAAUCUAGCUGCAGCAUGCGUCUUCACGGCUAGAGUGAAAUACCUGUAUGUUUUCUGGUUUCUUAUUAUGGGGAGAAGAUGUGAAGAAUCAUUAUAUAGUGGCCAUCUAGUAUUUUGGUUUCCUUUUGGUUCUCCUUUUUACCUUUACCUUCUGAGAUUACUUACUGACUGGGAUGCGCAUUAUUUGUGUAAUUCGAGUUCAAUUCUUCUAGUUGGCAUGUGUCGAGAACGUGUUAGUUGGCCUGUAAUGUUCAGAGUGGGAUCUGAAUCAUUUAGUGGUGUGCUAGAGAGAAGUUCAUUGGUGACUCGUUCUGGUGUUCCAGAGAUGAGUCAUUGUCGUAAAUGAGCUUGUAUGCUGCCCCCGAUCUGUUCCUGUAUGUUAUCUUUGUUUGUGUUCCUGCUUGGGGAGCUGCUUGUGCAAUGCGGCUUGAAUCAUUAUCGCUGAUGGUUAUGGAUGAAGCUUUGGGAAGCAUGGAUUCCUUGCUUCAUUGACAGUGAAUAAAAUUCUUCUAGCUUACUUAUAGAAGAGAUUACGUGCCGUUAUUGUUUGUAUUAUCUGUUAAAAUGUAGAGGCAUGUGUUUAGGUUGCUUGUUCCAUUUUAUGGAAGGUUUUUAUGAGCGUCCUUCGGGGCGUUAAGUUUAACUUUUUUUUUCUUCUUUCGAAUAAAGAAAUAAAUAAACUAGCCCUUUAAUA